AUGGAGCUCGCCCUGGUGCUCUUUUCGGGCUUAUUGCUGGCGGAGGCAGCGUGCAAUGGCCCUCGUGCCCUGCAGCUGAACCAGGUGGAAAAUAGCAACCUGGGUGGCGCAGGCCCGGAUCAGGGCUCAGCUCAGAGCCUGGUCUUCGACCAGGUUGGAACAUACAACGGCCGACACCUUCAGCUGGAGAUAGUUGCAGAAGAUGAUCCGCAAUACGAGCCGCGAAAUCCCAGCCAAAAUGGUGCAGCCACUGAUGAGCGCCUCGGGCGCAUCAACAUGAUGUCUGGAACCUCGGGGUCCUUCAAGUUCAGGCUGAUAGAUAGCGAGACCAAAACCCAGGUGCAGGUCCCGAAGUUCAAUCUCACCUUCUAUGCGCUCAACGUCCCCAACCAGCAGAUCAUCACCGUCUCAGGCUCUCAGGCCACUUUCCAGUCGUCCAAGGGCCUUUUUCUGAAGGCGAACAGCGGGGACGGCACAACUUUCCACUCUGCUUUGCCCUGCCAGACACCCAGAUCUGUCUUUCACGCCGAGCAGAGCCGCUCCCUUAGUCACCGGACACAUCGCCUGGCCAUGCCGAGAGUGGAGGUCUUUGUGGAUUUCGUGGAGAGCUGGUUCGACCAACGGAAGGCUCGGCAGAGCAAGAAGCCGACCGUGGAGCGGUCCUCCAAGAAGGGCAGCGACGGCAAGGGCCCCAGCGAGCCGAAGGCAGAGGCUUCCGAAGCCGCGGAAGAGCCGGCCGAGGCCAAAGUCUCAGAUGCAGGUAUCUUCGACGUCGACGGGGAUGGAGAUGUGGACCUCGAGGACGCCUUUGCGGCAGUGGAGGCAGAAGUGGACGGUGAGGCCGUAGAUGACUUUGAGCACAUGAAGACCCAUCGCCCCAUUUUCAUCACCUUGCAGAUCUUUGUUUGUGUCAUCUUCUGGUUGGUGGGCGCAGCCUUCACUGCAGUGGAUCAGUCGCAGGACUUCUUCGUGUCGGAGGGUGGCUUGGAGACCUUUGCCGUGGGUUGGACCACGGUGCGACUUCACAGGGACCGGGAUUUCUUGGGAGACUGCGAGGCGCGGCGGCUGGCGCGGCGGGGCAUGUUGUGCCGAGGACUUGCGCUGGCAGGUUUGGAGGCUGCCGCUCGGAUGUGCGUGCCCUUUACGCGGGAUGUGCCUGCGCUCACUUAUCAGUUCACGCACGGACACUUCACGCACAUCGCAAUGAACACGCUGGUGACGAUCUUCACAGGGAUCCCACUGGAAGGAUUUCACGGACCCUGGCGCACGUUGCUGAUCUUCGAGACGAGUAUCAUGUGCGGAGCCGUGUGGCACAUGACCUGGAGGCCGCACGAUCCCGGGCUGGUGGGCAUGUCUGCUGGCUGCUAUGCGCUGAUGGCGAUGCACAUGGCUGACGUCAUCAUGAACUGGAGGCAGCACCGCUGGCGAUUGCCCAGGGUUUUCCUGCUGCUCCUGCUGUGCCCCGACGCGAAUUUUUGCAUUUUCCACGAGUUGGGCCUAGACGUGGGCGCGGGCCUGCUCUCGAAGCCCGACGACGUCACAGGCCACGCCGCGCACUUCGGGGGCUACGUGGCAGGUCUGAUCUUCGGCGUGCACUUUGUGCGGAACGUGAAGGUCACAAAGGCCGAGAAAGUGCUCAAGGCCGUGGCUCUGGCGGUGGGCGCGGGCGCAUUGGGCUGCUGCAUCUUCUGGACCCUUCGAACCGCCCCGUUUCCGCAGGAUCAGCAGAUGGGCUCCCCGGUCGCUGUGGGAUGGCAUGGUGCCAUGGUGCUGGGCCCGCCAGGUUGUGAUGAAAUAUCGCUGGGCUAUCGCUCCCAAGUGGCCUGGGGGUGCAAAGACGAGGCCUGGAACUUCCCGUACUUCCGGGACCGGGAGUGGCACUGCCUGCGCUGCGCGGACGAGGCGUGCAUCGCGGGCUUCGAGGCGAAGCUGUCCUCCAGCCUCAGCCCCGUGAGCUACAUCGCAUGCAGCUUGGACGGCGACAGCUCGCUGACCAGCGGGGACUGUGAGCUCACCUUCUUCUUUACGGAGGUCUCAGAGAUCAAUGUGAAGCUGUCGGCCCCCGGGGUCCGCGGUUAUAGCCACAUCUUCUACUUCUCGGCGUCGUUCUGCAACACCAUGGGCAUCCCAUCAGCAGUUUGCGGUGCCGACGUGUGCGGAGAAGGCUUCGACUUGAGAGCCGGCGCCGAGGGCAUGAAGUGCGUGGCCGAGGUGUGCGACGUCAGUGAGUGCUGCGAUGUGACGCCCGGAUCAGUCCACUACCCGGUGGUUCAGUCCUGCAAUGGUAUUGAGCGGUCAUGGCGCAAGUGUCCGGAUUUGCCGGAGUGCCACGAGUGCUACCCUCUGGACUGCACGUUCAGCAUGUGGUCGGAAUGGUCCCCCGUGGGUGGGUGCUCUGGCCUGUGCGAGCGGCACAGGCAUCCGGGGCACAACAACGAGUGCGGCAACCCCUGCAGCGGACACACCCGAGAGACGGUCGUGAGACUGGAUGACCCAUUGUGCUAUCCCGCCUCCUGUGUGGAGACAGACCGGGACUGCAUUUGGGGCGCCUGGGAGACUUGGAGCUCCUGCGACCACAUGGACGAGUGCUCUGUGUGCCAGCUUGCCCAACGAUACCGAUCACGCAGGAUCUUGGUGGACGCGAAGGGCGAUGGGCUGCCGUGCAUAGGAGCAUGGAAUGAGACCGAGCCAUGCCAGCCAUCUCAUGCCAUUGACUGCGAGCUCUCCGAAUGGCAAGAGUGGACAACCUGCAGCAAGAGCUGCAACAUGGGCUGGCAGGCCCGCAUGCGCCGCAUCAUCCAGGAGGCGAUGUUCGGCGGAAAGCCCUGUGCGCCGGUCGAGGUCUACGAUCAGGGCUUGGUGAUCCGACAGACGCAGCCAUGCAAUGAGCACGCCUGCGAGGAUCCAGUGCCUUGCGUACUCUCGGACUGGAGCAAUUGGGAAGGGUGUAGUCGCGCGAGUCCCUACCAGAAGUUCCGAUUCCGAGAUGUGUUGCAGACAGAGAUGAAUGGCGGCAAAGCUUGUGACGUGAGCCUGAACCAGACUGCUGGCUGCCCGGAGCCUCCGGAUGACAAGCCCAAGCCGCCCUGCCGCUUUGGCAACUGGGACGACUGGAGCCAUUGCUCCGCCACCUGCGGAGGGCAGACCCACCGGUCCAGGACCAUCACCGACGACGGCAACUGCGUGCUGCCGGGCCAAGCGAGCCGCACAGGCGCUGUGCUGAAGGAAACCGCCGCGUGUGGUCACCGGGAGUGCUCGCAUGGUAGCUGCCGCCUGUCUGAGUGGACGGAGUGGACCAAGUGUACCUCGGACUGCGGCGUGGGGGCGACGUGGCGUUCACGGAAGAUCCUGGAGAUCGGAGACACGCUGGGCUGCAACACCGCCCUAGAGGAGGUGAAGGCCUGCGAAGAGAGGCAGUGCGAGGGCAUCGACUGCGUCUGGGGCCUGUGGGAGGAGUGGGGUGCUUGCACCUGCACCUGCGGUGGUGGAAUCAAGCGCCGGAAUCGCAUCAUUGCGGUCUCUCCGCGCAAUGGGGGGCGACUCUGUGAGCCGAAGGAUAAGUACGAGGUGCUGCCCUGCAACACCCAGAGCUGUGACGAGUGCGUGGACGGCAUGUGGAGCGAAUGGGGCGCCUGGGGGAAGUGCUCUGGCGACUGCUACCCCGCCUACAGGGUGCGGCACCGCAACGUGGCGCAGCACCCCAACAGCUGCGGCAAGCCGGCCAUAGGUCUGGAGGAUGACUAUGAGAUGUGUCAAGGACUGGCCCACUGCGAACACGACGUGGAUUGCCAUUUGUCCACCUGGGGCUCUUGGUCGGACUGCAGCUGCAAGUGCUUCGGCGUGCAGGAGCGACAGCGCAACGUGGCCCAGUUCGCGAGGGGCAAUGGCAAGUCCUGCCCCACCAUGUCCUUGAAAGAGGUGCGCCCCUGCAACCCCGGGCUGGGUGAGACUCCGCCCUACCACUGCCAACCGGACAACCCGAAGCCCUGUGUCUUCUGCAGCUGGGAGCAGUGGACGGAGUGCAGCAAGACCUGUGGCGGCGGUCACCGCAGCCGAGUGCGACACAUCCUGAGCCCGGCAGAGAACGGCGGUGCGGCCUGCGAGGACGCCCUCUCGAUGAUGGAGCCCUGCAACGAUGAGCCGUGCGACCACGAGGUGUGCUUGGACUGCGUUUGGGAGGCCUGGUCCCAGUGGGGCGCCUGCACUCAGUGCGGCAAUCAACGCUUCCGGCACCGCAACAUCGCGAAGGUGCCGAACCACUGUGGCAAGCCAUGCGACUCGAAGGCUGCCAAGGAGCUGGGCGAGUGCGAGAGCGCCUCGGAGGAUUCUGUUGGAUCUGGGCCCAGCGAUCCUUUGGGCUUUGGAGUUGCUGCAGUGACGUUUGGCCCCGGCGCUUUCAACACAGUGAAUGCGGUGGCUGGUGCGUAUGACGCGCGGGUCCCUAUGCUCUUAGUGUCCGGUGCCCCACCUACAGCAGAGUAUCAGUCCGGGAAGAAGCUGCAAUUGCAUCAUUCCGUUGGAGGCGACUUGAGUGCGACACUUCGAGUGUUUACGCCAAUUACGGCUGCAGUGGCUCGCAUAGAUUCUGCAGAGGAGGCCGUGGCGACCAUCGACCGGCUGCUGCAGGUUGCUUUGGACGAGAAGAAGCCAGUGUAUCUGGAGAUGCCCUAUGACAUGCAAAAGGCCACAAUUCCGAUGCCUGCGCCCUUCAACUACCAGCCCCCUUGCGGAGACCAGCACGUGCUUCGUCAGGUGGUGGAUCAAGUUGCUGCGGCGGUGAACAAGGCCGAGAAGGAGCAACCUUCUCUUUGCAACGACGUUUGCCCAGAAAGCCGGCUACUUGGAACACCUUCCCCCAACUGCGUGGGCUGCUACCAGGGCGCCACUUCUCCCGAAGUCCUCGAUGCCACCGAAGGUGCCGACAUACUCCUCACCAUUGGCAUGCCCCGAGCGGAGUUCGAUCUUCUUGGAAGCACUGGAAUCAAAGAGGAGUGCGUGAUUGAGCUGGGCCACGACUCAGUCAAUUUGCAGGGUACUGUGGUGCAGGGCGUUUACUUGCGACAGCUGCUGCCUUGUCUUGCUGCUCAGAUCACCCCACGUGCAACAUGCGAGGUGGAGGAUGCAUUUGCUUUCAGCUACACCAGGCCACCCGCCAACCCCGAGCAGAAGCCCCUGACCAUGGACUUCAUGUACCACCAGCUUGCGCACUUUGUGCAAGAGGGCGACAUCGUUGCGGGCAACACCGGUGGCUAUGUCAGCAUGUCAAGAAUGCGCCUGAAAAGGGGCACUGUGACAGCAGGACCUGGGAAUUGGGCGUCUUUGGGCAGUGCGUUCCCAAUCUCGAUAGGUAUGGCCUUUGCGGCGCCUGAGCGUCGUGUUGUAUGUCUUGACGGAGAUGGUUCGUUCCAAAUGACAGGCAUGGAGCUGGGCACUUUGCUGCGGCACAACCUGCGCUUCAUGCUUAUCAUCCUGAACAAUGCGGGGUACACCGCCGAGCGGGUCAUCCACCCGGAGCGGGAGGACUCCUACAACGACAUCCAGGUUUGGAACUACCACCUGCUGCCGGAGGCCUUGGGGGCCAGCAAAGGCAUGGGCGUAGACGUCUCCACCGAGACCCAACUCUGCGAGGCGCUGGAUUCAUACCAGGGCGAUGGGCCCCGUGUGCUGAAUGCCAGGUUGGACAAGCUGGAUGUGCCAGAGUUCUUUCAGAAGAUGGGCGACAUGCUGCGCCACUAA